GGAGGUUUAAAAGACAGACGGAGAGCACUGGUCCUUUGUAUGUGACUCAGUACCAGAGCAGGAGUGUAGAGUCCAUGCCACUCUGAUAACUAACACACUGGAGCUUAGCAGGCCGCCUGGUACCCAUACACACGUCCUCGGGCUGUUUUCUGCUCCUACAUCCUCACAGGAAAGCCCAUCUGUCUGCCGCCAUGUUUAAGACCAGUAGUGAUGACUUGUUCCUGCCUUCCUACCAAGAUGAGGAGCUGGUGGACAACCUGCUGUCCAGUGAGGAGUCAGAUGGAGAUGGUGGUGGUGAAGAACUCUCCCUGGCUAAGGCUCUGCUCCCCCUGGUAGAGUCCUCCUCCCCUCCCCUCAUCCCCUGGGUCUGCUCCACCCGCUACAAGACGGAGCUCUGCACCAGCUACUCAGCCACUGGUUUCUGCAAUUACGCCGAGCGCUGUCAGUUCGCCCACGGCCUCCAUGAGCUUCAUGUUCCCUUCCGCCACCCCAAGUACAAAACGGAGUUGUGUCGCAGCUUUCACACAACUGGCUACUGCUACUACGGCAGCCGCUGCCUGUUCGUCCACAACCCCACCGAGCAGCGCCCUGCUGUGCGCCGCCGCAGGAAUGUCCCCUGUCGCACCUUCCGUGCCUUUGGUGUCUGUCCCUUUGGAACCCGCUGUAACUUCCUGCAUAUUGAGGGUGAAGAUGUGGGCAGCGGUCUGGAGUCACCCCAUGUUGAUGAAGAGAAGACGCCACCUGUUCCCAGCCCCCAGCGCCAACCGCAAACCAAGGAGUGGAAACCACGUGGAGCUCUGUGCCGCACCUUCAGUUCCUUCGGUUUCUGCCUGUACGGCACACGCUGCCGCUUCCAGCACGGCCUCCCCAGCAAGGUCAAAACCUCCGAGCAGACCCUUGGCAGCUCAGGUUUACCUUCCCCCACCUCCCCCUUCACCGCCACCUCACCCAUCUCUUCAACCUCCUCUUCUCCUCCAUCAGCCUCCCCUUUGGCCACUCCGCCUGCAGAGGCUACAGCCCACAAUGCCUUCACCUUCUCCAGUCAGCACCUCAGCGACCUGCUGCUGCCACUGGCCCUCCACCUGCAGCAGCUGGAGAGCAACAAGGCGCAGGAAAUCUGGGACAACAGGGCCCUCUGACCGAUGUGGUCAGAGUUGGAAACCAGUUUUGGAUUCAGCACUGAACACCACAGUUCAAUUAAAUCUGUAAAUUUUGUUUUAUUUUAACCCUGUUAAACCCCUGUUCCCCAGGGCAUUUAUUAUAUUUUUUAAUUUAGGUUGUUUGAGUGCUUGUGUCAGCAGGUCAAGCAGGCCUUGAACUGUUCAGCUGCAGAUCAAGCAGUGUUUUGUUUUGGAAAUGUGGUCAAUGGUCUCUGGAUUCACUAUAGAUGCAGCUAUGAGUGUAAUUAAAUUUUUUAACUAUUGUAAAUACUCUAUUAAUGAACAGAGAAUGAAAUGUCUGACCUCUGA